UCGAGACGACAGACGCUGCAGGAUAAAAGUCAGGGAAGAAGAAGAAGAAGAAGAAGAGACUCGUCACCGCAGCUUCUAAUUCUAUUCUCGCCAUGACGACCAUGACGACCAUGACGACCAUGACGUUUGCCCGUGUCGUCCUCGCUCUCGGCGUCCUUGUGACCCUGGGCCAAGCUGCCCCGCCCAACGCCACCUCCCCCUCCCCCAUCGGGAGACACGUUCCCAACUGCGAACUCCAGAGACAGCGCUGCUACCAGUUGAUCGGAAGUUACUGCCCUUCGUGCGACAUGAACGGGAAUUUUGACGCGAUGCAGUGCUCGGGUUCCACGGGCAGGUGCUGGUGCGUCGACGUCAUCACCGGAAUGAUGAUUCCAGACACGCAGACGGAGCUAGGACCGCCCUCUUUUGACUGCAGCAACAUGUACUUCUGUCCCGACGGCUGGACCCUCUUCAAAAAAAGGUGUUUCAUCUUCAUCAACACCCCGAAGAAGUGGAGCGAGGCUGAGGUCUACUGUCAGUUCGACGGCGGGAACCUGGCGUCGAUCCACAGUUAUGAGGAAAACCACUUUGUGAUGGCGUUGACCAGAGGAGACGGACACGAGUUUCCUGAAACGUGGAUCGGAGGCUCUGACGCCGUAGUUACUGGUUUGUGGAUGUGGAGUGACGGCUCCAAGUUCUACUAUGAAAACUGGCAUGACUACACCAGUCCAAGCUCCUCUCAGGACUGCCUUAGGAUGAAUUAUGGAAUUGAACUCAAGUGGUACCAAGAUUCCUGCAGCAAUCUGCACCCGUUUGUUUGUGCCAAGAUCAUCUGAACUUGGAAACGCGACGACCGGAAAAAAACUGCGACAGCUCCUCCCGUUGUACUUCCUUCUUCUUUGUUGUUACAGAUCAGUUGUGUUCAAAAUAAUAGCAGUGUGUUUAAAAAACGUGAGUAAAGCACAAACUCCUUAUAUUCUCCUUAUAUCAAAACAAUCAAAAACUGCUUUACAGAAAAUGAAGAACUGUUUACUGCAUAAACUGGAACAUCUUCAGGAUUCAGCACUGAACUAACGUUCCGUUGAAUGACCACUGUUUCACAUCUGUGGAGGUUCCAGCCCACGAUGAUUUGACAGCAUUCCACAAUUCAUCUGCAUUUUCUUGCUUUUUGCCUCACAAACCGCAUUUUUUGACGUCACCUCGCAGGUUUUUUAUUGGACUGAGGUCUGGGGAAUUGUGCCGGCCACUCCAUAAGUUUAGUUUUGUUGGUCUGGAACCGGUUGUAACCUCUUCAGCACACGUCUUUUUGUUAACAGAGGGACUCAGCGGGGGGGUGUCGUCUAAUCGCUGCAGUCCUCACAGGUAACUUCAGCGCGUCUUUGAUCGCCCUGGAGCUGAUCUUUGCCGGAGUUCUUCUUCUUCCAUCCAUUCCAGUGGUCGUCUUCCGCUUCCUUCCACGUCUCUCUGGUUUUAAAACAUCAGAGAUCAUUUUGUGCACUUCUUUAUACGUUUCCCCCUCUCCAAUCAACCUUUUAGUCAAAGUCUGCUGUUCUUUAUUUUCCUCAGGUUUUCAGAGAGAAAUACGUGUUGUACUUAACUUAGAGGCACCUGAUUGACCUCACUCAUCAGUGAUUGAUCUGGUUACACGUUAUUAUUUUGAACACAACUGUAUGACCAGUGUCUCUAGGUUAGAGUUAUUUUUUUGUCAUAAAUGCAUCACUAUGACAGUCAUAUGGUGAAAGUUUGAGUCAUAAAAAUGUUCUUCCAUGCAUUAAAAGAAAAUCAAUAAAAAUUCAA